CCCGUAUGGGAGUGAGCAGAAGAACCAUCCGACAACUUGAUGAUUCUUAGUUUGGUUACGAAUAGGAUUAGUUUAGCCCAUAAUUUUGCAGCACCUACAUAAUGGUAUCCCACCAACCAUAUGACUCGUACGGUAAGGAUUAGGUUUUAGUAAGGUUCAACAUCCAACGGUUACAAAAACUCUGACUGUUCAUUGUAUAAGCCGAUUCUGAAGGUCUCUUUUCUCAACAGCAACUCUCGUCUUCUCCUUCUCCUUCUCCUCUGCAGAUCUCUUUCCCAAACCUCUACAGUCUCAUAAUCUCACCGCUCCACCAAAGAGGAAAUGGCUGAAGCAAAGAGUGGAAUGAGGAAGGCCAUUUUUACUAAGGUAGAUCAACUGCGUCCGGGGACUAGUGGACAUACUCUAACUGUGAAGGUUGUAGAUGCAAAGAUGGUGUUACAGAAAGGUGGACCUCAAAUGCGUCAAAUGCGUAUUGCUGAAUGUUUGGUUGGAGAUGAAACUGGGUUGAUUAUUUUCACUGCAAGGAAUGAUCAAGUCGACUUGAUGAAAGAAGGUAGUACCGUGAUCCUGCGGAAUGCUAAAAUUGACAUGUUCAAAGGAUCAAUGAGGCUUGCAGUGGACAAAUGGGGUCACGUUGAGGUGACUGAAUCUGCUAGUUUCACUGUGAAAGAAGAUAACAACCUCUCAUUGGUGGAAUAUGAACUCGUCAACGUCGUUGAAGAAUAAGCCUUUUUGCAAUGUUGGGAUUCAAAUUAAUGCUUCAACUACAUGGAACUUCUAAGUUGUGCGGAAGAUUUACAGCAACAACGAAACAUGGGCACAGGAUAAUGAUUGAGUUCCUUUCAGCAAUGCAGAGGGACAAUAAGAAGAUUAGAUACUGUAAUGGGUUUAGUUGAUGCUUUUAUGUUUCUGGUAUUUAUCGAAGAUCUGACUAUUAAGUUAAAUAACUUUAAUUCUCUUUGUUAUUUUGGAAAUAUGGAAGAAUGAUUUUACAGUGUUUAGACUUCUAUCUAAAACUAUAAUGUGUCAGAUUGGCUGCGUAUUUUUUUUAUAUUGCAUAUUGUUCUCUGUGAAUUUUCUUAC